UUCAGUCUUCAGGAGUGUUUUGUGAGAACACAGAUCUUCAGAACCCAUUAGAUCUCGAAUCAAGAGUUCAUUAUGCCUGGAAUGGACAGGAAUCUUGUGUUGGAGGCUCUCUCUGCUCUCACUGGUGCUACAGUAAAACCUCUUGCUGACCGCAAAGCGCGAGAAAUUACCAACAAACUGACAGUUGAAAAUUUUAUCUCAACUGUUUUAAUGAAGGCAUUGACAGGUGAUGGUGAGAUGACUGUGUCUGAAUUACUUGCAGGGUUAAAAGUAAGUGCGAGUGAAAUCUCUGCAUUACGGAAUGAGCUGUUCGUGGAUAUGGAGGAGUUUUUUGAUCCAGGUUUUGAUUAUGAUUUCCGAGCCUUGACGGAUUCCUCAAAGUGCUCACGUGGAGGUGAGCCAUACAUGCGGCCGGUCGGAUGGUACCGCUUCGCUCUCAAAGUGAAGGAUAAAUACCCAGAUGGAAAUGCAUGGCUUGGUUCUGCACACUGGAGGAGUCACUCUGAAGCCGAGGGUUACGCCAUGACCAAGACAUUCACAUCCAAGAAAACUGGUAAAACCUACAAAGUCAUCAUGCAGAACCGAAUCAAUCCACAGAAACGGAAGAUUAUCACACAGAAAAACUUCUGGCUCAUCCCUGUUCCUGAGGGCAGCACAGCAGAGCAGGAGAAGCAGAUCGUGAAGAGUUCAAUCCGUCCUUACGGCAUUCUCAUCCAAGAAGUGACUCAGUAAUCAUCACAUUACUGAUUUUAAUGUUCAUUUAAAUCUUUGUACCCAUUUUGAUGUGUAGAGAAAACAGUUUGGGUUGUUUUGGUGGAGGUGUUUAUUUUGAUUGUUUCUGUGUGUCAAAGCUGAAUUUUAUCAAUUCAUUAUUUGUGUUGAUGAUUCAAUGAUUAAUUUAAAAAAGACAUCUGUUUUGAGAAAGUGUAAGUUUAAUUUAAAAUUGUUAACAUUUUAAUGGUAAAAAUAAAAUCAAGUAUCAUUGUAAACGUGCGUCAUUCAUGUGUUCAUCAAAGUAUUUCGUGUUCUCCGUAAACUGGGACGUGGGUUUAAUGGGAAACGCUGGAACAUGGGCUUUAAAUCUGGAAGCUCGGUGUCACUGCAGAUGCACUUGUAUGUGUUUAGAUAUUACAUUAAAUAUUUUUGAUAUUUGUUGUCUCAGGUGUAUGUAUAAUGAAAUGUAAUUUGUGGAGUAAGGAGUGAAGUAAAUUAUU